CUUUAAGUUUCUGAACAUGGUCGUGAGUUACUAUGCGCAAGAGCUGGAAGAGAUAAGUGAUCGAAUACAUUAUAAGAGUUCAUUGUUUUACUUUGCUUUGUGAAGCUUAGAAUGUAGAAUCGGAGGCAGGAGGGAGGCUGACUGGGUUGGGAUGCUUGUCGUUUUAGUCAAGGGGAGUGAUAGCACAGGUUGUGAGCUUGAUGGGUGCUUAGUAAGAAAAAUGGAUGUUAUGAACCUGUCAUGAUGUCGCAGUGAUCGGUUGGGGAUGGCGUCUGCUUGCAGAUAGUAUCAAGGAAAGGUAGUCUGUUGAAACUCCAGAGGGCUUCAAGGGUAGGGGAGUCCUUGGCUGAGUGAUGACCUCACUUCUUGCACUGUGGCUUAAUCUCAUCGUUGUUUCAAUGUUUGGCAGCGCCGUACUUUGCUGGGUGUCACGGUGGAAUGUUUUUAAACCAAUUUCACGCAGGGCUGUGAUGCCGCGUCGCCCACAAGGCUGUCGAAUUUUCAAGUUUAACUAGCGUGAGAUCGUCGCAUUAGAACGGGUGAAGAAUUGGUCACGCAAGUAAUGCCGUGGUAUGUUGCAAUUUCUCAAGCGUCGGGGAAUUCUCAGUGUCCUUUGUUAAUGCAAUUUUCUUCUAAUAUCUAGGUCUAGCAUUGACCAUCCUCCCUCUCUUACCUGUUUACUGCUUUCUCGAAAGCCUUACCCGAAAUUACUGCACCUUUCAAUGAGUCGUUCUGAGAUUCGUGUACUUUCUGGUCAAUGCGAGUUCGGUAUUGGAGCAUUUGUGAUGUUUGUGGAUCAUCAUAAUUCUGUAGGAAAACCAGAUUUGUCAUCACCACGAGCUCCUUUUGACCCUCUUACGCCACAAUUGCGCCAUAGAAUCGUUCCUUACCUUGAGUUGCCUUCUUCUUUCCGAUCUCUUAGCGACAGCGUGGAUUUCAAUGCAGUGAAUAUCAUCUAUCCUUGCAGGUCUAAGUUGUCUUCUGCCCACUGGAGCUUUCUGAUCUCACGGCAUUUGUCUUUGAAAACUUGUUUCACACAUCACAAGGUGAACGUGUUAGAAUGAGUCAACUGCAUUAUGUUUCGGUCACCCAAUUUUUUUUAAUGUCCGUCUAACGGUAGCAAUCCCUAAGCGACCUGUUCCCUUUAUCUCGAUCUUUGUGCAUUGCGUUGAAUGCCGGUUGUCCUCAUCUACCUCGUAGUGCUGGCAACUAUUCCAAGUCUGGACCCAAGCACUACUACUCAGAUUUGUACAGAGCUGGGAUGCGGUAGCUUGGGGCUCGCGAAGGUCCCAUGGAAGUUAAAACGGAGAAUGGGCCCUUGUUAAUUCAUUUCUCACUAAUCAUACCAACCUCCGCUCAUGGUCUAGGACUUCUAUUUUUCUCCUAAUUUCUCACAUGGACUUAUUGGAAUGUGCUCACGAUCUCUAGGUGUUAAUAAGAGACAGGAGUUGAAUCGUAGCGUCUUGUGGUGCACGAGACUUAUCUACGUCAUUCCAUGUUUCACUCUUAUCCUGGUUUCGCUGUUCUACUGUGAGGAUCCAUUGUUACAAUGUGAAGACAGCUCUUACGUCGCCGUUGUAUCAGCUCAACAGAGUGUUAUCUCUAUGAUGGCGUCUCUCACUGACGCCACAGCAAUGGAGGCAGAGCGAGUGCUAGUGGGAAGUAAUCCUGAGGCCGGCCACCAUGACGUCGCUACUCCCUCAUCUUACUUGUUUGAUACAGAUAACGUACCCGUGAGCGUCUUCGAGACUCUAGAGCUCCCCGCUUUCCAUGACAUACACGGCAAGCUGGAACCUACAACCUCCACCAUACAGUUAGCGCAUGCAGCAACAGGCCGCAUGAAGGAGGUAACUAUUGUACCUGGAACUGUGAGGCAACUGGACAGAGUUUCGCAGAACAACGUUGAAGUUUAUCCAAUUUCAGAGCUUACCGGUCUAAUUCGAAGCCAGAUUUUAGAUCUUCCUGACAUUGCUCCAGAGGUAUUCGAGGAGCGGCAAUCUAGAAAUCCACGGUUCUGUGAAGUGGUCCUGCGCUAUGUCUUUGCUCCAAGAGGGCCUGGGGAAGCUCUGGAGGAGUGCAUGCAAACCGCAGAAGUUGUGAAGAAGGUCUUCACUAUCCAGCCCUCCGUGUACUCGAAAGCCGAAUCCCGCGCUCUCAAAGUGGCUCAAUACCGAAGAGCUGAAUUGCAGCUAAAGUUGGAAACCCUGAUGAAAGACAAAGUUGCCCUCGUUCCUCCGACCCAAUUCAGUGAUCCAGUUGUGUACCAGAGCUGGAAAAUGAAAGAGCUACAGAUUCUCUCUAACCUUGUCGACCUCUUCGGCAACCUUCCCACCUUCUCUGGCGGUGUCCAGGUGAAGAUUCUCUCGGGGGAAGGAUUGAAGCUGGAGACUUUUCCCAAAUGUGCUGCAUCAAUGCUUAAGAAGAAGGUGGUUGAGAGACAUGUGUACUGCUCUGUCACAAUUCUGCCUUCUAGACUUGGGACCAUGCCCUCGCCGGUGGAGACUGAAGAUGAUACCGUUGAAAGGACCCCGGCUUAUUUCAGUGAGGUUGUGAGCUGCGUAGAGGAUGCUGAGUGGAAUUCUCAGUCGCCCUGGAUUCCGAUUUGCAGUUUGCAGGAGAGGAUCUUGAUCGAAGUUUGGGAGAAGUCUGACUUGGUAGUUAGGAGUGAAGAAUUCGCUUCACGGCCGAAACCACAGCCACAACCGGAGGUUGUCAUAGAGAAUAGUAAAUUGACCAACAUCCGCGGUAUCUUCAAAAGGCAAAGUACCUCAAGGAGGAAGAAGGUCGCGCCUUGGAGUGGAGAUAUUUUCCUUGGGCAGGUGAUCAUUUCAUUCAAUCACAUUGAAUCACAGGGUCUUGCUCAUGGCGGUGUUCAAGGGCAGACCCCUGCAACAUCUUACGUGCUUGCAGACGAGAGAGGAAAGCAAGAAAUGAGCACCUUGCAACUUCAGUUCACGUGUUCCUGUGAACGAUUCUACAGGGAUGCACCCUCAAACAAGCUUUUGUUGAUGUCUCCCGUGGAGGAUAUAGAGACUGCGUAUGACAAUUUAGUGCGCUUGUCCUUCCAUGCUGAAAAUGAAGCACUUAUGAAGCCAGUCGUCAAAGCUAUUGAACAGUUUCAGUCUUUAUUUCCCGGAAGUAGGUCGAAGGAGGUGAUUUCAAAACUCAUAGAACCACUCGGGCUCGUGUUAAGAUGGGAUCCAGAUCCUGUGAAAAUCUUCAUACCUCUCAAGAGCUUCAUACAGGAUUCUUGUGAAAGGCGUGUAUAUCAGCAUUUCUUUAUAAAUAAGGAUGGCAGAAAAUUGGAAGAGUUAACUGCCGAAUCGAUGUUGGAAGCAGUGAAGCUGGUUCGCUCUGAUCUUGCAGAGCAGGUUACGACAUACACAAAAGCAUUCCCAAAUGGGUUCAGUUUACCUCAAGUUACGGCUCCCGUUUACUACAGAUUGGUGUGUCACUACAUCUCCUCUUAUAUGAAAGAGAGCUCUCCAUGGACCCUAUUCAAACAACAUGAGGAAUUGUUGAAUGAGUUUAUUCUACUCCGGGGGGAUGUUGAAAAACUUGGACUUAAAGCCCAGGAUUUUGGCAUAGAGGACCUCUUCACAAAUCACCUUGAGCAUUGGAUAGGCUCACUUGCAUCUCGCAUGACACAUUUGGUGGACUCAGCAGUUUGCAGAGAAUCUUGGGAACCGCUGAGCACUCAGCCCUUAAUCUCCAUCUCCGUUAUUGAUUUGUAUACGAUGGUUGGCCAAGUGGUUGAUGACGUAGCAGUGCGGCUAACGUCAUUUUUAGUCAAGAAUGAAAACAUGUACAUGAUGGUGGAUGCUUUAUGCAAAUGCAUUCAUGCAUACGUUGACGCAGUUGAAAAGCACUGUUUACAAGGACUACUCAUAGACGUCAGUAAAGAUCACGGCAACGGUCCUCAUGUGUCUAAUUCUCUUGGUUGGCCGAGAGCAGUAUCUAUUCAGAUGAACAACGUCAGUGCAGUUCUCGAAGAACAACGGAAGUUGAAAUCCGUUCUUAUGACGAAGUGGCAGAGUAGUAGCUUAAAUCCCGAAUUCCUUAACGGGUUUUCAAAGUUGGAGAACUUAGUGCAACAGACCCUCACUGAGCUUAUUACUGCAGCUUUGGAAAGCACACAGGGUAAAUUCAAAUACUUUCUUCUGAAGGAAGAUGUUGCAGAGUGUGAUGAGGAAACUUACCCAAUCGAGCCACAGCUGCCGUUGGUUAAAGCUUUGGACCACGAGGUGAAGGUCUUGCGUUUAUCACUGUAUCCUGAGUUGAUGGAGCAGUUUUUAAGAAACUUACCAUGAGCGCUGUCGUGGUGCAUGGAAGGGAUGGUACUCAAUCUCGAUAACGAUCAUGAACCUAUCACCGAAGUGCAGUAUCCGAAGCUUGGAAAGGUUAACGACGCCCUUCACAAACACUUCCGUGCUGUGCAACUUAGAACCCCUCUCUCCUCAAAGGAAGGAUCCACUCGACUGCACAAGAUUUUGGCUUGUCGUUCAAUGGAACCUCAAAAACUACGUGAUGUGUUUUCAGAAGCAUGGAAAACUUACCGGCGCAGAUCAGAGCCCGGAAGGAUUAUUUCUCCAAGAAACAAUACCGAGGCUCAACGCACCAAUAACGUUUACCGACUCCUGAGCCAGACAAAAUCACCCUCCAAAUCCCCAGCGAAGUCACCAGCUAAAUCCCGUAAAGCUGCAAAUGGUUUCAUUAUGGCGGGGCCCAGAGCAGACACUCAGCUUCAUGUCCUUGAUUAUCUUUCAAUCUUGAAGAGCUACAGUGAUCGUAAAUCCAGAGAUUUAGUACUGUCUCAUAGCUCAACUGCUAAUUCCAAAUACAUGCAGAUCGAGCUCAAACUUGGAAGAGAGAAGACGUUAGCAACGUCUUCAUGCAGGUUGUCUGGAAUCAUUCCUGGGUUAUUCUACGUAACGCCAAAGCGUGUCUGCUUCGUCAAGUAUCCGGGGGUUCCGAGCGAAAGAUGGUGCUCGUCAUUUCUCACAUUCGACAACAUACGACAAAUCGUAGUUGUCGGUAGUGACAUUCUUUUGUUCGUCCCCCUAAAUGGUCAUCGCAUCAAAGUCAGCCGGAUUCUAGAUCGUGAUGCAGCUCUUGCCGUCAUUCACCAGCAGAUUUCAGGUACGGGAAUCGACGUGGAGAAGCACCUGGCUCUCAUCUCUUCGCAAAGUUCUACCGGCUCUGAUAUCAACCAAAGUUAAGAACUAGCAUUGUGUUGUUCACCGACUUGGUAGCGUGGUAUAAUGAGACACACCAGUGGUUUGCUCUUGCGUAGUACCUUGCAGACCUACAUUUGCACUGUUAGUUCUUUACUUGCAGGGUCAGCAUCUGCAAGUCUAGAUUGUUUAGAAUCGGUAGCAGACUAGUCAGGGUUGAUCAAGCUCUGUGCCCAACUGUUUCUAAGUGCCCUAGACCUGAUCGUUCACCUCUCCCACAUGCAUCUCCUGGUUUGUGUGCUGCACAUGAUAGUGUUAAUAGACUAGCAGUGUUUUCUAAAUCAAGAUUUUUGUGGAGGUUCUGAAAACGUUAUGCAAUGGUUUCUUAUCCA